AGCGGCCUGGGCUGGGGCUCUUCAAGGUCAAGGGAAUCGGAACCAGAGAGAUGAGCCAGGGCAGCCAGAGAGCUGUGGGGCUGGGGCAAGAGGGGGUGAGGUAGGGAGAGGAGGAAACCUGAGAUCUCGGGGAGCCGAGCCAGCUAGGCCCAGCCUUACGGCCGAAUGCAGGGAUGUGCGCGCUGGCCGGACCCCGAGGCACUUCCUCCCUCCGACCCUCCUUCUGUCCCAGUCCCGAUCGCCUCCCAGGGGCCGCAGGAGCAGAGCUGUCUGAGAAGAGGCGAUCUGAGGACCAGGAGGGAACCCUGAGCUCCACUCCCAGCCUCCAAGCUGGAUUGGCUUCUGCUGGAAACAUGUCGGGGAUUGACUUGGAGGCAUUAGCAGAGAUAGAAUUACAGAAAGAGGAAGAGGAAGCUACUACAUUAGGAGCGCCAAGGGUGUCACUUGCGUGCACCCCAGCCUGCAAGGACUCAGCACUGGGCAUGGACCAUCCAUACUACGACGUGGCCAGGCAUGGGAUCCUCCACUUAGCAGGGGAUGACAAUUCAGGGAGACGAGUCAUUACCUUCAGCUGCUGCCGAAUGCCCCCCUCUCACGAGCUCAACCACAGCCACCUCCUGGGGUACCUGAAGUACACCCUUGACCAAUAUGUAGAGAAUGACUACACCAUCGUCUACUUCCACUACGGGCUGACGAGCCGCAACAAGCCCUCUUUGAGCUGGCUUCAAAGCGCCUACAAAGAAUUGGGCCGGAAGUACAAGAAAAACUUGAAAGCCCUUUAUGUUGUGCAUCCUACCAACUUCAUCAAGAUCCUCUGGACCAUUUUCAAGCCCCUCAUUAGCCACAAGUUUGGGAAAAAGGUGACAUAUUUCAACUACUUAAGUGAGCUAAGGGAGCAUCUCAAGUAUGACCAGCUGAUGAUUCCUCCAGAGGUCAUUCGACAUGAUGAAAAGCUGCAGAACAUGAGGCUGGGCCGCCCACCGCCCUUGGUGAAGAUGCCACCACCCCGCCCUCCUCUGCCCACCCAACAGUUUGGUGUUAGCCUGAAAUACCUCAGAGACAAAAAUAAAGGCGAGCUCAUCCCGCCAGUCAUGAAGGAGACAGUGACCUACCUGAAGGACAAAGGCCUCCGCUCCGAGGGCCUUUUCCGUCGGUCAGCCAAUGUUCAGACAGUCAAAGAGAUCCAGAGACUGUAUAACCAAGGAAAGCCCGUGAAUUUCGAUGACUACGGUGAUAUCCACAUCCCAGCCGUCAUCCUGAAGACAUUCCUUCGAGAGCUGCCACAGCCGCUGCUGACUUUCGAAGUGUAUGAACAGAUCCUGGCAAUCAUCAGUGUGGAGAGCAGCCUUCGAGUGACCCGCUGCAAAGAGAUUGUCGGGGGCCUUCCAGAACACAAUUAUGCUGUUCUCAAAUACCUCAUGGGCUUCCUACACCUGGUAUCUCAGGAGUGCAUCUUUAACAAAAUGACAGGCUCCAACCUGGCCUGUGUCUUUGGGCUGAACUUAAUCUGGCCAUCCAAUGGAGCCUCAUCUCUCAACGCACUGGUGCCUCUCAACCUGUUCACAGAGCUGAUGAUUGAUUUCUAUGAGAACAUCUUCAGCUCUCGGGUGGUACCAUGUGGGAUCUCACCAUAGACUACAUGAGGAAACACUUGGAGUCAGUGGUCCCUGAGCUCCCUUCUAGCUCCAUUAUCAUGGUCCAAAUUUAAAGGCCCUUCCAAUCUCUGCGGUUCUAUGUUCUAGGUCCUGUGUUCUCUCUUCUAAGGCCCCUCCCAGCUCUGAUGUUCCAUGUUCUAGGGCCCCAUUCAAUUUUAACAUUCUAUGUUCCAGUGUUCUGUGUUCUAACAUUUCUCCCAGUUCAGAUGUUACAUGCAUCUAUAGAACAUCAUGUCCUCUCCUUGGUGAAAUAUCAUCUGAGCCUUCUUGAAGUAGAUGGAUUAUCCCGUGCAAAACUCUGGUACUUUUCCUGAUCACAUCCCAUUCACACCAUAAGACCAGCCAUAUUGGAAAAUAGAUAUUGAAAGGUUGGGCCACAUUUCCAACCUGUACAUAAGUUACUGUGCUCAUUGUUUAUAAUCAUGUCAGCUUUCUGUCUGUUUAAAAAACCACCAAAAGGAUUAAAUGUCUUAAGGAUUUAA